UCCAAACACUGGGCACCAGACUCCCCGUGCCUUCCCUCCACCUGCUGCGGUCAGCCAGGUUAAUGGAUAAACUUCCUACCUGCUGAACCGACAGAGAAACCCGCAGUGAAACCAGCCCGCAGCCCGGAACACACACACACACACCGGGGGGGGAGAGUGUAAGUCCGGCUUCGUGACGUGAAAACAACCGUAUUUUAGAGGUCAGAAAUAUCUCCUAUAUCUCAUGCUCAUGACGCAGGGAGUCCACAAAACGUGACCGAGCAUCGAGCUAACCUGAAGUUUCAUCCACUGAACUUCACCUCCGGGCGUACGGACACACCGAGCGACCGGUGCCAGCGACUUUCUACCGGAUUAAUACCUGAAGAUGGACCGAUACAGGUACUUCAUUUUCAACCAGAAGGGCGUGCUCGUGCUGGGAAUUCUCCAAAUGGCUUGUGCGGGUCUUUGUGUGGUGUGCGGAUUCAUGGACGCUGUUUUCCGCAAGGACACCCCGCUGAGCAGCACCCGGACCCCGGUGUGGGGAGGACUGAUCAUGGCCUCUCCGGGUGUUCUGGCGCUGUUUGCCUCCCAAAGGAAGAACUCCAUACUGGUGAGUGUGAUGGUGGUGGCAGCAGGUCUCUCCUGUGCCGCUGCAGUGUUUAUAUCAGGUUACUCCUGUCUGACACUCACCUAUGGAGAGGAGGAUGAAGAGGUCUUCCACCACCACGACAGUCCUCAAGUGACCUUUGUGCUUCAUCGGAUGGUGAAGGGGGCCAACGCCACCAUACUGCUGACCUGCACCAUCAGCCUGGCUCUCUCCUCUCUCAUCACCUACGUGGGCUGCCGCAGUCUUCCAUGCUGUGGCUGCUAUGACAGCAGAACAGGAUUGGAGACACUCGUUCCUCAGUGUGACCCUGGGGACACUGAGAUGGUUUGCACUUGGCAAGCAGGAGGAGACAACAGGCUCUUCAACUCUCCGGCUCAGUCCACUGACCAGGCCACCACUGAGGAAGAGGAGGGUCCCUCCAAAUUGCCUCCGUACAGCAGACUCACCUGACACACAUCCACAUUAAAGACUGGGCCUGUACCUCUGUUUGCCUUCUCCCUUCCAGAGAGGAGGGUGUGAUUAUGUGUUAGAUUUCCUCAAAUUGUGCCUACACAUUUCUUAUUUGUUGCGGAUGGAUGAAGAAAAGGAAUCUCAAGAGUCACCUGACGCUGAAGACGUCAGGUUGGAAGGUUGUAUGGAGUUCUUUUAGAGAGAGGAGUUGUUUCUGAUUGACUUUGGACUGUGGCAGCGUCUUUAUUUGCUCUUUGACCAAAGAUUUUCUGUCACCAAAGUUCAGACCUGUCCAUGUGAUGCGUGUGAAGCUCCUGUGUGUUGUGUUCUCAGUGUAUAAAUUCAAAGUAUUUUAUGUGUAUUUAAUAAAUAAAACCCACCUGAGCUGUUUGAGAGACGACCCCACACUUUGAAAUGUUCAUGGUACUUUAUUGCAAGGUUACACAUGACAAAACCAUUGCAACUACCUGUCCCCAGUAGUUUCAUUCAUUAGUCACUUUAACACCAUUCUGUAAUUUAUUUUUUUCUUUCUUCCUGGGUAUUUGCAACGAGAUACAGUCGCAGUAUGCUGUUCAUGACUGUAGUGAAGAAAAGUAAGGCAAAGUAAAUAAGAGUAAGACCCGACAUGAAGGCGGAUGGGAGGCAUUAAACAAAGGACACUUAAAGUACAGCAACCAAACUAAAACAGAACACCCACCAUGUCUUCCACUGUUGUCACAUUACUGUCAAGCCGCAGAGAUGCAGAUAACACAGCCGGCGUCUGUGCUUAUUCUCCUUCCGUUUGUGUGCAUAGCCUCUGAACAGCGAGUCCUGAGAGAAGGCCUUUUGGUCUGAUUGAUAGUCUGUUAUCCUUCGAGAAGACGUUACUGUGCAGCGUAACGUAGGGGUGAUCAGCAGAGGAGCCACAGGACCAGCUGAGGCCACAACAGAACCAUCCAAAAAACACUAAGACACAAAUCUGCAAACUAACAUGACAGCACUCUGUGAUGCAUCAUGGCGUAUAAAGUAAACAGCGUCAGCUUUUACUGUACAACUGUGUUAUCGAAACAUGCUGAAUAUUGUAGCACAAGCGUACAUACAGGAUAAGUAGUGGGCGUAGGCAUCCAUGUACAUGUGGAGGUGCACACUACAAAGCCUUACACACUAUGAGAGGUAUGUGUUUUCACUGUUUGAUUCACUGACUAGCCUACACAGUACUCUUGUUUGACUAUUAUAAGGCUAUUUCACAGCCUUUCCUAUACAGAGGAGGGAACGGGCACGUCCAGUUAAAGACUAUCCUCUCACCCAUUUCCAAAUUCCUUAAAGCUUCCCUUUGAGUCCUUUAUCAUCAAGAUGACAGGUGAUUCCUAGUUCCACCCAUCACACUUCAGUCUCAUACUGUACAGCAGGCCUGUCUGGCAGAUGUGUUGAACUGUUACAUGUACAUGAGCUAUAAUGCACAGUGAGCAGACUGUUAUUGUGAAAUAAACCCUGACAAAGUGAGGCAGCUCUUCAAUCACCCUUUUUCAAGUGUCUGGUUUAUUUUGGAACAAUAACCGGCUUGCUGUACAUUACCACGCUUUUUACACGGCUACUUAUUGGAGAAAAAUACUGUGUCAAAUUAAUUAUUUAAAAAUGAUUUGUGUUCACUCCAACGGCCACAGCAGUGGCCCGUUAUACAGAAAUAACCAAUGACCAAUCAGAACAUUAUAUUCGACCGCAGCGAAAACAUUAUGCAGAUGUUAGCUCUGAUUCUAACAAACUGAGCCAAACAAAGGUUCUGUCUCUCAUAAAUAGGCGUCAUCAAUUAAACCUUUGAUGACUGAUUUGUUUUGGUCUGCCGGGGCGAUUGCAGAAACGAGCUGUGAACAAAAACUGACCAGCUGCUUGUUCUAGUUAACUACCCAGCUAACUGCUAACACAUCCAGCACUAGUCACUCACAGCUCGUCUUUUCUCUGGGUCUCUGGGUUACUCCCCCCUCGCAUCUUACCUGUCCUGCUGGACCAUUUUAUUCAAUGAAGAGGAAAAAUAUAACUAGCCAGUUAGUGAUUCAAAAGAUAAUUAAACCAUCAACUAAUUCUGGUCUCUACGAACUCCUGAGAGAAACUUCUGGCUCUUGAGCUGCUAAAUGUUCAACUACGUUCACUAGCUAGUUGCAGUCGUUGUCUGUCCACCAUUUUGGUGCUGUUCUGAUGCUGUACAGCGGGUUUUUACAACCUUUUCCCUGAAAACAGCGUCCUCCUGUGUGCAAACAAGUGUAGUUACAUAAUUACAAAGCUCUGCAAAGACGAGAUUUAGGUGAUAAUUCUACGUCUGUUCAUCGUGAUGAGCGACCCCGUUCACGUUAUCAUUGUUAUUCUAAAAAAAAAAAAAAAAAAAAA